CCAAUUUGUAUGAAUGUGACUAGUGUCAUGGCAGCUACUAUAGCUGUCAGACACUUUCAUGAGAAUUAAAGAUCACAGUCUUUAUAAUUUCAAAAGUUGUUUUCAACGAUAAGAUCCCAAGUAGGAACAGUCUAGCUUCGGGUGAUUGUUUUCUUUUUAAAACAACGAGCAGUGCGCUCGUUUAAAGUGGUAAAAAUAAUGGGAAGAGAUGGGCAAGCGUUUAAACGAAGACGGUAUUAGCGAUCGGACAGAAUUAUUAGUACCAAUAUUAACGCAAGAAAUAACAUAUUCCGCUUCCGCCGCGAUGGUGGAUUCGCGAUCGCGAUCAACUCGUCUUCGUGGAAUUGUCGGCAUUUGUCUUCUGCUUGCAUUAACUGGUAUCGUUUAUCUUGGAUAUUUCUGUCCCGAUCACGUGUGCGCUCUCACUAAUCGCGAUCCUAAGGAAACUGCAAGAGUUAUCGGUACAAAUCCAUCCUCUGAAAUUGUUAGUAAUUCUAUUGGAAUAUUAGAUUCGCGCUCGAAUUUACGAUUACAAAGCGUGCCCGGUAGUCUCGGUUAUGAUGAUCUUUUCACCAAUGAUUCCUCACAAUUUGACAUUAAUGCUCACGAUGUUAUGGUUUUUCUGCAUAUCCAAAAAACUGGCGGAACAUUAUUUGGGAAACAUUUGGUGCGAGACUUGGAUUUACAACGACAAUGCUCGUGUCAAAGACGUCGAAAGCGUUGCUUUUGCUUCCGUCCAAAUCGCCAUGAAAAUUGGCUAUUCUCGAGAUAUUCCACUGGCUGGAAAUGUGGACUUCAUGCAGAUUGGACCGAGUUGACCGGAUGCGUUGACAGUGAAUUAAAUAAAAUCGAAGGCAAUGUGAAGAGACGUUAUUUCUACGUGACAAUCAUUAGAGAUCCAGUGGCGAGAUAUCUCUCCGAAUUUAAACACGUCCAAAGGGGCGCCACGUGGAAAGGGGCACGUCAUUGGUGUGCCGGUGCACAAGCAAAUAUUCCCCAAUGUUACUCGGGUCCCAAUUGGGACGGAGUUACUUUAGAUCAGUUUAUAGCUUGCCCUCAUAAUUUGGCAAGUAACAGACAAACAAGAAUGUUAGCAGAUCUUUCAUUAAUUGGCUGUUACAAUUCAUCAAUGAGCAGUGCAGAGAGGGAUCGAAUUAUGUUAUUAAGUGCAAAGCAUAAUUUGCAAUUUAUGCCAUUUUUCAUGCUCACUGAAUACCAAAAGGUUGGUCAAUACUCAUUUGAAGAGACGUUUGGAAUGCGUUUUGCGGUGGCAUUCGAACAGCACAAUACAACAUUAAGCGCAUCAACAUUAUCAACAUUAACCCCAAAGCAAAUAGAAUCAAUUCGUCGUCUCAAUAAAUUAGAUCUCGAAUUAUACGCUUACGCGAAAAAAAUCGCUUUCCAACGUUUUCGUCAAUUAAGCGAUCGCGAUCCUCAUUUUAUUCGAAGAUUUCAACAUUUGGGUGAAUUACCCUCUAGGCAAAGUGUUACCGAAUUUAAUUGGGACUCAGUUAUCGAGGAGACAACGGACAAUGACUGAAUGAAAACAAAAAAAAUUUGAGGAAAACGAAAAAGCUAAUGAGUGAUUUCAAUUAGAAUUUUAGAUUUAAGAAACAAAAUUCUCUUUCAUAAAGAAAACCCCUCGGCAAAAUUUUCAGAUGGAUUCACAAAUUUUACCAUCUUGAAAUCAAUGUCUUUUGAUUGUUAACCAAAUACCAAAGAGUCACGAACAAAUUUUUGAAAAGAGAGAAAGAGAGAAAAAAAGGAAAACCAACGUGACUAGUUGUAGUUUUAUAGAUAAUAAGUGUUUUCUCUUUAUAAUUACUCUCGACACGUUAUUAAUUUUUCACCAAUGUUCUUCCGUAUACGACAUAUCUCUGUUCGUUUUUAGUGAUAAUUCCUAGGAUAAAUGAAAUUUUUUUACCUUUUUUUUAUUUUAAAUUUUAUCGGUUUUUUUUUACCGAAAGAAAUUACGUCCGAUUUACUCGUUCUACUAUUAUUAAUUCUCACAUAAAUAUCGAAAUCGGUCUCGUUAUUUUUUUAUAUAAUCUUUUUUACGUGCCUUCAUUUGAAAAAAAAUGGAAAAAAUCAAUAGAGUCCGAAGAUCUCAAAAAACCAAUUUUUUUUAAAGGUUACUUUGACACACUCUGUUCCUGCUUUAUUUAUUUUACAUUAACGUAAUUUAUGUAGAAUGAUUUUUUCUUUAUUCCUAUCGAGUCAUAAUUACGUGAGGUGCGUAUAUAUAAAAAUAUAAAUAUAAUUUUGUACAUAAUUUUUUUUUUUAAAAGUAUAUACGUAACAUUUUUUUUUUCGCCUAGAUAACGAAUAAAAUUGUUAUCGAACUUACAUGGAGAAAAAAUGAUUUUUUAAAAUGCUGUUCAAAAAUAGCGAAAAUCAUUUUUUUUAAGUGAAAAAAUCAUCUGUUGAUAAUAAAUCAAUCGGUAAUAUUUUUGCCGGUGGUCAAUAAAAAAAAAAAUA